AUGUCCUCGCCGCCCGCAGACGCAGCCGCAGCCGCGCCCGUGCUCUUCAAGAAGAAGCGCAGGGCGCCCGUCGCCUCGGGCUCGCGCGUGCAGCCCGCGCGCCGCGGCAGCGAAGAGGCCGAGGAGAAGCCGCAGGCCGAGGAGGGCGCAGCGCAACGCGGCGAAGAGGAGGAGCUCUCCGUCGCCGAUCUGCUGGCGCUGCGCAGCCUCACGCGCCGCCCCGGCGGCCUCUCGCUCGACAAGCUCAAUGCCGGCGCAAAGGAGGCGCGCCGCAAGAAGGACAAGAAGGCCGCGGCGCCCGGCGACACGGAGGAGGAGAAGUGGCGCCUGCAGAUGGAGCGCGGCGGGCUCGUGAGCAAGGCGACGGCGGAGAGCGACGACGAAGACACGACGGCAGCGCGCAAGCUCGUGCGCUCCAACAACUUCCAGGGCGAGACGGGCACCGUGGAUGUCGAUGCGCACAUGAUGGCCUACAUCGAGUCAGAGCUGGCGUCGCGGCGAGCCGCCGCAGCGCCAGCUGGCGGUGCAGGCAGCAGCAGCAGCGGAGCCACCAGUGCCGAGGCUGUGGCUCGAGCCAUUGGCGGACGCGAUGCCGAGGACGAGCUGUUCCGCAUUGCGGAGCGCUAUCGCGUGCUGCAGGACGAGGCGAAGGGCAAGAAGGAGAAGGAGAGCGAGCAGGGCCUCAGUAGCGCACUGCUGAACAGCGUGAUGGAGGUCGAUUUGGGCAUGGACUCGCGCCUGAAAAACAUCAGCGAGACGGAGCAGGCCAAGCGCGCGCUCGCAGAGGCGCACUCUCGACGCGGCGCCGUGCAACGAAACGAGGAGGACGAGAUGCUUGCGUCUACUCGCUUUUUCCGAGGACAUCAAUCGGCGCAGUCGGAUGCCGAAGCGCUCAAGGCUGCGCGCGCCGCCGACGAGCACGCGGACCGCAUGGGCGGCGUGGCCGACUUUCCAGAGGGCCACCUCAACGCGCAAGUCGACACUGUCGAGCUGCAUCAGGCCGCUGGACAUCCGAAGCCGGCAUUGCGCCACGAGCCGCCUGUGGCGCCGCCGUCGCGCGGAGGAGGGAAGCGGGAAACGGCUAGCGACGAGGCGGUCAUGGAGCGGUUCAAGAAACGCCAACGGAAUCAGCUGAAAUGAAUGGAGAGCAUACAAGUACAAGGGUGCAGAGUGCCGGAUCACUGGAGAGAGCCGCGCGUGGUCCGUCAUCGCUUCGUCGGUGCAUCAGGAUAGACGAGCUGUCGGAACGUGAUGGAGAUGCGCGGUCGCUCCCAUCCCGCGCUCUUCUUUGGCUCGCGCGGGAUCUCAUGCGUAAAGCGCCGCUGUACGUCGCCUUGCAUGACGAGCACGCUGCCAGAGGCGAGCCGCCAGCGCUUCUCGAGCAGCUCGUCGUUGGCAGCAGCGUCCUUCUUUGCGCCGCGUGGGGCCCGCUCGCGCAUGAUCCAGAGACGGGGCGCGCCGAGUGAGACGGUCACGAUGACUU